AUGAAGAGACAAAUAACAGUUUUUAGUGCUUUACUUUUCUUCUUUCUAUUGCAUCCUCAAGAAGCGAUCUGUUUCACUUUCUUGGGAGAUCAUUUGUGCCGCCAUGAUGACGCUCUUGCACUGCUUCAAUUCAAAGAAAUGUUUAGCAUAUCAACUUAUGCUUCCUGUGAUCAUUCAUAUCCAAAGACAACACGUUGGAAAGCAGAUACGGAUUGUUGCAAUUGGGACGGCGUCACAUGCCACAACGUCACCGGUCGUGUGAUUGGGCUGGAUCUGAGUUGCGGCCAGCUUCAGGGAGUCAUUCAUCGAAACUCUACCCUUUUUCAUCUUUUCCAUCUCCGUCGCCUCAACCUUGCUUUUAAUGAUUUUACCGGUUCACGAAUUUCACACCGAUUUGGUUCACUGAAAAGUUUGACCCACCUCAAUCUCUCGUAUUCAAAUUUUCAAGGUGAAGUUGUUUCAGAAAUAUCACACCUGUCCAACCUAAUUUCACUUGAUCUCUCUGCCAAUGAUCUUCUAAGAUAUGAACCUAGCAAUUUUGAAGCGAUGCUUCAGAACUUAACCCAUUUAAGAGAGCUGUCGCUUUCAUAUGUGAACAUCUCAUCCGAUUUGAGGGUGAAUUUUUCUUCAUCUUUGACGUAUCUAGAUCUCUCAUCUACUAAAAUAACAGGUAAUCUACCAAGUAAUGCUUUUCAUCUGCCGAAUAUGCAAGUUCUCUUGUUGGGUGGCAAUGAAAAUCUUACUGUUAGUUUAUCAAAAUUGAACUGCAGCAUUUCUUAUUCUUUGAAGCAGUUGGACUUAUCGCGUACAAGUUUCUCUACUGCACUGCCAAAUUCAAUUGGGUGCAUAGGCUCCUUAAAUUCUUUGAAUCUAGGAUAUUCUCAAAUUUCUGGUGUCAUUCCUGAAUCAAUUGGCAACCUUACACAGCUUACUGAAUUGUUUCUGGAUGGUAACUAUCUUCUAGGGAAAAUACCAAAUAAAUUUUCCAUUUUACAAAAGAUAAGUACGCUGUCACUAGGUCACAAUUUAUUGUCCGGGAAAUUUCCAAAGUCACUUCUCAACCUUAUGCAUCUUGACUUUUUAGAUCUCUCUAGUAAUCAACUGACAGGAGAAAUUGGAGAUUUCAAAAAUAGGUUACUAUCAGAGAUUCGGUUGCAAAAUAAUCAACUAACUGGUUCAAUUCCUCCAUCAAUUUUUACUAUUCCAACCCUAUCUCACCUUGACCUUUCAGCAAACCAUUUUAAUGGGGUUGGGCAAGACUUGUUUGUGGACUUCAAUCAACUUCAAAAGAACCCUCUUCAGACUGAAGCCCCAUGGCACACUACAAACAAUGUGAGCAUUUCCUAUCCAGAUUUUACGUACUUGGGAUUGUCUUCUUGCCAGAUAAAGGAAUUUCCAGAGUUUCUUAGAAAUUCAGAGAGUUUAGUAUUUCUGGACCUCUCAAAUAACACAAUUCUUGGUGAAAUUCCAAGCUGGUUCAUGUCCAAGACUUUUGAUAAGUUGUUCUACUUGAACCUUUCGCAUAACUUUUUGACUAGUACCAUAGACCAACUACCCGUUGCUUCAUCUAUGGUGUAUCUGGAUGUGAGUUCCAACUCACUUCAGGGCCAAAUACCUUCUUCUAUCUGUGAUUCAAAUAAUCUUGGUAUUCUUGAUUUGUCAAAUAACAAUUUGUCUGGCCUAAUUCCUCAAUGCCUGGGAAACUUCAGCCAGAACCUAGACAUUAUGGAUUUGGGAAAUAAUAGGCUUUUUGGCACCAUGCCCACAACAUUUUCAAAAGGCAGCUCUCUACGGUUUCUUAUGCUAAACGAUAAUCAAUUACAAGGGCCACUGCCACAAUCUUUAGCUCAUUGUAAAGAUCUGGAACUCCUUGAUUUAGGGAACAACAAGAUAGAUGAUAAAUUUCCAAUUUGGUUGGAAAUUCUUUCUAAUCUGGAGGUCCUAGUAUUGAAAUCUAAUCAAUUUCACGGAACAAUUGGCAGUUGUCAAACAAAAAGUCCAUUUCCUCAGCUGAGAAUAAUUGAUGCAUCCCACAAUGAGCUCACUGUUUAUUAUUACAUCCAUUCUGUGGGUUUGUUUAUCAAAGGGGCAGAGUACAGCCUUGAAAGAGUCCUAAUAGCUCAAACAGUGAUUGACUUCUCAGGCAACAGAUUCGAAGGACAAAUUCCAGAGAUUAUCGGAUUCCUUCAUUCUCUUCAAACACUCACUCUCUCUCAUAAUAACUUUAGUGGUGGUAUUCCUAGGGCAUUAGGGAAUUUGAGUAUGCUUGAAUCUCUAGACCUGUCGUGGAACCAACUUGAAGGAACCAUUCCUAGGGAGCUAGUGAAUCUGGAUUUUCUUGGAUUCUUAAACCUUUCUGAAAAUCAUCUAGUUGGACCCAUUCCACGAGGAAGGCACUUUGAUACAUUUGGAGAUGAUUCAUACAGAGGGAAUUUGGACUUGUGUGGAUUUCCCCUGACGAAAGAUUGUGGAGAUACAGAGGCACCACCACCAGCCACGCCAUGGGAAGCUGAAGAACAAUAUGAUGAUUCUGAAUUCUUUGAUGGAUUCACUUGGAAAGCUGUUCUCCUGGGAUAUGGCUGUGGAUUAGUGCUCGGAUUAGUUAUGGGAGGUCUCAUUUUCUUGACAGGAAAACCAAGAUGGUUUGUACUGAUUGUCGAAGAGUCGUUCAAACCGCGAAGGCGACCGAGGAAAUGGAUCCACAUACGCACUUAAGAAGGGCAGUGCAAUAAUUUACAUAACUGGUCCACCCAUGGAGUGGAAAUAAGGAAAAGAUAUGGUUCACUUCCAAUUGUGCGUGCUGUGUAUUUUGUGCUGCAAGUGAUUGUGGUUGCUUGCGGCUGAAUCUGUAGGUUUAUAAUUGUAAGCAAGAAGACAUUUCAAUGGAUAAUUACUAUUAAUUGUGUUGAA